UCCGCACGGGACCUCCCCUUAAGUUGAAACGCGUGUCCAAGACGCACCAUUCUGGUAACGCAAGCCGGUCUUUGCAGUGCUUGUGCAGAGAAAGUGCGUCCGGAAAAGUGUGCUUCAAAGAACUCUGUGUGUGCGCCAUGAAGCCCCCCGAGACCAAGGUGUACAAGCGACGCUGGGUCAUCCUUCUCCUCUUCGUCGGCGUUGUUGUAUUCAAUGCUGUGCCGUGGAUGCAGUACUCUGUGCUGGCUGACGUUGUCUCAACGUACUACGGCGUUAGCAACGAGAUGAUUGAGUGGACGAUCCUGUCGUACAAUGUAGCGGCCAUGAUGCUCAUCGUUCCCGCGGCCUUCAUACUGGACAAAUAUGGCUUGCGCCCCAGCGUGCUGUCGGGGGCGCUUCUCACUGCUGCGGGGCUCUGGCUGCACGUGUUGGGCUGCUGGCCGCAACACUGGUGGGCCGUGCUGGCGGGCCAAGCCGUCAUCGCCAUCGCCUACAACUUCCUGUGCACCGCCUCUCUCCGGGUCGCUGCAGUGUGGUUCCCCGCCGACGAAGCGUCCUCCGCCGUGUGCGGCUUCUUGAUUGGAUCCAUGGGCGGUGUUUCCAUCGGCUGCUUCCUGGCCUCACGAACAGCGAGGGCCAGCUGGACGCAGGAAGAAAACUUUGAAGGUUUCUUGACCCUUAACAUGUCUCUGGCGGUUGCUGCCACCAUCAUGCUGGUCGCGGUAUUCUUCCUGUUCCAGCAAGCGCCUCCGCUGCCUCCGUCGCCCGCGCAGGCAGCCGCGACAGUCGCAGCAUCGUCUGGCCACGGCCACUUCUUCAAGUCACUGCGCAGCAUUUUAAAGCACCCCAGCUUCAUCCUACUCAUCAUCUGCUUCAACCUCAUGUACAGCGCGUACACAGCCUUCCUUACGGUGCUCAAUAGGGACAUCAUGGAGUUCUUCCCGGAACGUAUUUCUGAGACUGGGUAUAUCGCGACGCUGCUGAGUCUUCUAGGCAUGGCGGCCACAAUGAUAAUCGGCAUCAUCCUGGACAAGACGAAGAAAUUCAAAGAAUUGUCACUCAUCACGUACUUCGGUGCCCUCACGUCCAUCGUCAUGUACUCCAUCUGCAUCGCAACCACUUCCAUGGAGGUUCUCUACGUUGUGGUCGGGAUCAUGGGCAUGUUUAUGAGUGGCUACUUCGUCACUGGCUACGAGAUGGCCGUCGAGCUUACAUACCCGGAGCCUGAGGGCAAUCCGACGUCCAUCCUCAAGUGGUUUGUCCAGCCAUGCUCCAUGGUUGCUGCCUUGGCGUACAGCCGCUUGUUCGCUGCCUGGGGACCGCACGUCGCUCACGGCUUCCUCGUCGUGCUCCUUGCCGCGGGCUUCUUGGCGCAGCUGUGCAUCCCAAAGCGAUACCGCCGCCUGGAGGCCGAGCUGGCUUUGUCCGAAGCUGCUGCCUCCGGCGGAGGCCGCCGCGGGGGCGAGCCUCUCAUCAGGAGGCCGGAAUCAUAAUCCACGGUGGGCCAGAAGACCGGCGCCAGCAGCCAAAACUGAAGACGCGUUCGGAGAGCAAUCUAUUGGUGUGGUCACACGUUCGGCAAGCAACUUGUCUUCACCCUGUUUAAAGACUAAAUUUGUACUAUAGACCCUUCAUUUUAUCAAACAACUUGUAAUUUUGAAAAAUAAAUUUUUUAAAUCGGGA